UAUUUCGAGCUUAAUAACAAUACGAACGGCAUGCGAAGCGCUGCUGCUAAGAAAAUUAGUUCUAAAAACCAAGAUUUCGUAUUGAUAGUAUUCGAUUAAUAGAAAUUCGCUAAAAUAGUUAUUUAAAUUAAUUUUUUUUUUUUUUGUAUUCAAGUUUGUUUAAUCCGCAUAGUAAAUAUCAAAAACAUAUCGAAAUUAAUUUAAUAAAUAUGUAUUAGAUUUUGUUGUACACGUGCAAUAUUAAAAAAAAAUAAUAUUCGCUUUAUUUUGUCUUUGUUGAUUAAAGUGCGUGUAAAAAUUACAAUUACCAACGAUUUUGUCUAAUCAAUAAAAAAAAAAAAUACAAAAAUGAUUACGCGGUUCAAUGUUGUAACAUCAGUCAUAUUACUGACGACUUAUCUAUGCAAAUGUGCAACAGCCCAAAACAACCAACUUCCUAAUAUACCAUGUCCGGAUGUUUUUCAAUAUGUUCGUUCGGGAAAUGAAGUCAUUGGAUUAAUAACGGUUAAUAAUGUACAAUAUGGGGAAACUACAAUACAAGUUGAAAUGUCACAACCUGGAGCUUAUAAUACGAACAAUGCUGGAAAACUUUCAUUGAAUUUCAACAAAAACAAAGUAUUCGAAUACAUAAGUGCAGGAAGACCAUUUACUUAUAGAGUAGAUUUUCCACUGCCAAAUGUUACUCCUCGCGUAACUUCCAUUACAGUAAAUGGUGUCAAUUUAUGUUCCGGUCCAGGAUAUAACUCCCCAAGUACAACCAUGACACUGGAACACACUUUGAAUGCUUUUUCAUCAAAUUCAUACUCACCUGUACAAUUUAUACCAAACACUGAAAAUCAGCGCCCUAUUUCUAGACCGAAUAUGGAUCAAGGUCCCAAUAUAAAUUCCAAUAAUAUGCCAGAAUACUUAAAAUUCAGUCCUUCUUUGGCUCAACAAAUGUCAGUUUACCCAUCAUAUAGAGAAUGGUUCAGCAAUCAGCAGUCUUCUAACCAACCGUCAAAUAUCCCAUCCUCUUCUUACAACCAGCCUUCAUAUAACCCAUCACCACGAAAUCAACCUUCACAAAAUUCACCAACAUCAUACAACCAGCCUUCAUAUUUCCCACCAAUGAAUGAGCCAUCAUACACCUCACCGUCAUCACCAAACAAAACCAUUUUUACCCCAUCACCACCUAACCAACCUUCAUACAACCCACCGCCAUCAUCCAAUCAUCCCUUUUUCAACCCAUCUCCACGUAACCAACCUUCAUACAACUCACAGCAGCAAUCAUCAAAUCCGCCCUUUGUCAACCCAUCUCCACAAAAUCAACCUUCUUAUAACUCACCACCAUCACCACCCAACAGUUAUUCAUUGCAUUACAACAGACCAUCUUACAGACAACAUGGAAUUGACCAACAAACAUUGAAUCAACCAUCAUUCCUCCAAUAUACUUUCCCAUCCUAUGACCAACCUGAACUCGACAAGCCGAAACCAUCACCUGGACAAAUUCAAUAUAAAUCAAAUGAUCACACAAAUCCUUCUUUAACAAGCAAUCAACAAUCUCCACCAAGACCAGAUACAACAACACAACAACCUAUAUUUACAACUUCGACAGAAAUAAAUAAACCUACUCCACCUCCAUUAGAUAUCGAUCCGAGAUUAAUUGAACCUACAUCGACAUUACCACCUGUCAAGCCAAUAGACACUGCAACAUUUGAAUACAUAAACUCAAUUUGUGGACGAGAAAACUUAAAUAUCGACAUGAAGAAACUCAAUGUCAAAGGACAAAUUGUAUCUAAAGCAAGAUUCCCUUGGAUAGUUGCGGUUUUCAAACGCAAAGAUGACGAUCUUAAAUUCCAAUGUGGAGGAAGUCUUAUUUCAACGAGAACGGUUGUAAGUGCAGCACAUUGCUUUUAUGCAGGACUCGAACCAAUUAGACCGGAGGACAUCUUGGUGUCUAUGGGUCGGCAUAAUUUAACUGAUUGGUUGGAUGCUUUUAAUAUUGAUGUGGAAAGAAUUAUUGAACAUCCAGACUAUAGACCGACACUACAAAAUUUUGACGCUGAUUUGGCAAUUGUACGACUUAAAGAAAGAGUAACCUUUACAACUUCGGUAAGACCUAUUUGCAUGUGGCAAGGUGUUAUUGAUGCUCGAGAGCUUGAAGGUGUUUCUGGAGCCAUUGUUGGCUGGGGCUCAGAUGGAAUUAGGAAUACGACAAUUGUUCCAACAUUGGUUAAUGCAACAAUUGUUUCGGAAUUAACGUGUAUAAGAUCGAAUGAUCAAUUCAUAUCGGCAACUUCAAAUCGGACGUUAUGUGCAGGCAAUUUAGAUGGAAGUGGUCCGUGUUUGGGAGAUUCCGGCAAUGGGUUGAUGAUUAGAAAUAGAAAUAAAUGGAUGUUGAGGGGAACAGUAUCUGCUACGAUAGGAAGUCCAACACGACCCUGUAUUUUGGAUCAAUAUGCAAUAUUUUCAGAUAUUGCAAUGUUUAUUGAAUGGAUUCAAUCAAAUAUGUUAUUGUAAAGUGUGUUUUUUUUUUAGUUUUGAUUUUAUAAAAAUUUUUGAUUUAGAUAAAUAAACCAAAAAAAGAUAGUUCGCAGCUAUCCAUUGUUCUCUGUUUCUUAAGGAAAACAGGGAAAAUAUUUGAGAUAGCAUUGCAUGAUCAAUUGAAAAACUAAAUUAAGCUUUAUUAGAUAUUAGAUAAAGGUGUUUAUUUUAUGUGAAAAUAUAGGUACAUAGUUUUAAGAAUAUAGUA